UUAUAUCUUUUCAUAUUUUGGUUAUUUAAAUUCUUUCUUGACUAAAGACGCCAUAUAAUAAUAUCACUUUGGAUUAUUCACCAUUAUGGUUUCAUUCAACACGACACAAAUGACCCCGGAUAACUCAAACAUUUCAUUUACCAACGAAACAAUAACGUCUUCGGUGAUUUGGAACGCAAGUUGCCGUUACAAUGAAUUGGGGCUUGAGACACCAGUCGACCCCGCCAUUUUGCAGGGAGUCUGCGAAGCGAUUUUUUGCUCAGACGAUAGAGCGAGUAGUCUCAACAUUGUAUGUGAAGAGUAUUUCGGCGAUCUGAAGAGGAAGAUAGAAAUCGAUCGCUUAUAUUCUCAAACUAUACCAAUGGCGAGUAAAGUGAUAUUGUCAAUUAUGACAUCGGUUGUGAUAUGUCUAUCUCUUUGUGGCAACAUACUCGUCGUAAUGACAUUUGUAUUAAACAAAAACAUGCGAUCUGUGACCAAUGUGUUCAUCUUGUCACUCGCUAUAAGUGAUCUCAUGGUGACGCUCACGUGUAAUCCAAUGAAUCUGGGGUUAAUUCUAAAACCAACACGUUGGAUAUUUGGACGUUUCGGCUGCAAACUGAUGCCUUGUAUUACUCAGAUGUCUGUUGCAUGUAGUUCGUUAACACUCUGCUGUAUUGCAUUUGACAGGUAUUACGCAAUAGUUCAUCCUUUAAAGUUGAAGUUUAUACAGACGACAAAGCGUGCUACCAUUUUGCAAGUAAUUGUUUGGUGCGUGUCUGCCGCGUCAACAAUUCCUUAUGCGUUUUUCUACGAUACGCGUGAAGUAUCUGUGUGCAAGAAUGAAGAAUAUAAAAUCGUUUGUAUUCAACAACAUUAUCAUACUGCAAAGAAAGUUUUUGACAUUUGGAUAACGAUGUUCGUCUUAUUUUGCGGACCAUUUCUCUUUAUGUCUAUACUUUACGGUAUAAUUUGUCAUAAACUAUGGGUCCAAAGACCUAUCGGAGCUGUUUCACAGAGAAACCAUGACAACAGACUAAAACUUAAACGUAAAGCAAUUAAGAUGCUCAUCACGGUAGUGUUUAUCUUUAUUAUUUGCUGGAGCCCACUUCUGCUGUUUAAUGUCAUCGCAAACGCAAAUCAUGUGCCGACAAACGUAAACAGUCUAAACUGGCGGUCUUUCCUGCAAUGUCUGGCAUUAAGUAGCACGUGCUGGAAUCCAUUAGUUUAUGCGUUCAUGAAUGAAAAAUUUAGAAAAGCUUUCAGAACUCUCUUGUCCUGCCGAAAAAGUCAAGCUCAACCAAUGCUUGAACAUAGAUUAUCAACUGAAAGUCGUAAAACUACCACACAGCUUGAACUUCCGGUUUUACCUGACAGAAGUGGACAAACAUCAGAAACUAAAUAUAACACAAAAGAUUGUUUUCUCAAAGGCAUAAUAAUGUCUACAACGGCUAAAAACUUGCUUGAAGAACUAAAAAGAGCUAUUUGUGAAGGAACUAUUAAAUGUUCCGAACCGGACUCCGAUCAGUUUUGUGCAAAAAGAUAUCCAGAUUUGUUUAAAGAACUUACAAAAGAUAAAUAUGAAGUUAUAGGUGUGUCAUUAGAAUCAAAGGUGUUAUUAUCAAUACUUUACGGAAUCAUUGCUUUUAUGUCACUUAUCGGAAACUCCUUGGUAAUUGUCACGUUUGCAUUCGACAAAAACAUGAGGUCUGUUACAAACGUCUUUAUUUUAUCCUUAGCAGUAGCAGACCUCAUGGUAACGUUAACUUGCGUUCCAAUUAAUCUUGGUGCAGCAUUUGAUAUCUAUUGGAUAUUCGGGCCGUUUGCCUGCAAGCUCGUGCCGUUUUUCAUGACAUUUUCCGUUGCGUGUAGUUCGCUAACAUUGUGUUCUAUUGCACUUGACCGGUACGUGGCAAUUGUUCAUCCAUAUAAACUGAAGUUUUUACAGAACCCUAAACCUGCCGCUAUCUUCUUAAUUGGUAUAUGGGGCCUUUCGAUCGUAUGCAGCAUCCCUAAUGCUGUCUUUUACACGGUUAAGAAAAUUGAACAGAAAUGUGAGGAUAAUUCAAAGGAAGAAAAUUAUGUAUGCGUCUGGCCGGAAAAUAAAUACAAACUGCCUUUGGAACUUUGGUUAACGUUGGUUGUUUUAUUCAUAAUUCCGCUUCUUAUAAUGUCCACAACGUAUGGGCUAAUUGGCUAUCAGUUAUGGAUUCGAAAGCCAGUUGGAAUGCGGAGAAAUUCGCUUAGAAAUGCGGACAUGAAGAAAAGUGUCAUUAAAAUGUUGGUUAUUGUUAUGCUUGCCUUUAUUUUGUGCUGGAGCCCUAUUAUGAUAUUGAAUUCGGUUGAGAAAUCAAUUGAUAGAGAAAUGUUGAGCCGGAAAACAAUCGUCUACCUUCAAUUCUAUUUCAAAUGUCUGAGUAUGGCCAGUUGUUGCAUCAAUCCAGUUAUCUAUACAUUUAUGAACAGAAAAUUUCGAAUGAAUUUCAUGACAUAUCUUUGCUGUAGAAAGAACCGUGUAUCUGUUGCGAAUGCUGUUAGCAAAGAAACGGGUCGUGUCACUUUGCAGAAAAUUGAGGACCGGGACGGCAAACCAGUGGUUGUACUUCCACGUGAAUAAUAAUUAGUGACAAUUGCUAUAUGUGAUGUUCCUAGAGGCAUUUCAUUCAUGUAAACAUAAUAUUUUAUGUACUGUAGAUGUAGACUGUUUUCAUUUUGAAGU